AUGAUAGAGGUCGUCUACAUCGUCCGGCACGCGUUUCGCGCCAACUGGUCCGUAGACCCCCAAACGGGUAUCUACACCGCGUCCAUGGCGACCCCGACCGGAAUCCCCACUGAUCCGCCUCUGACGUCCAAAGGGGUGGAGCAGAGUAAGGAGUUAGCCGAGUACCUGAGCAAGAUCGAACCGCCAGUGGACAGAAUCUAUUCUAGUCCCUUCUACAGGUGUCUGCAGACGCUCAAGCCGUUUAGUGAUAAGCUAUUCAAGGAGGGCAAGGCAAAAGGAAGGAUACGGAUCGAUCGCGGUAUUGGCGAGUUCUUCGGACGCGCACAUUUCGAACAUCCUACUCCGCCGCACCUCGAGCUCCUGACACCUCACUUUCAGAACCUUGACGAUGAGUAUGCAUCUGUACAUAUGCCAGGGUCCAACGGCGAGAUGAUCGUUGAGCUCCAUGAGCGUGUCAGGAACGCACUUGAUCACAUUGUCACAACUCUAGACAACGACCCCGAACAGCCAAAGACUGUCUUGCUGUGCACUCAUGCCGCGACUAUGAUAGCAGCCGGUCGAGUACUUACUGGACAGAUGCCAGAAAACCCUGAUGAAGAUGAUUUCCAAUGCUUCACUGCUGGUCUGUCAAAGUACGUAAGAAGAUCAGCCGAUCCAGAGAAGGGCGUCGCAGGAAACUGGACUUGCGAACUAAACUCCGAAACAUCCUUCCUCUCGGGUGGUGCAGAGAGAGGCUGGCAUUUCAGCGGCGAGGAAAGCUUCGUGGACUUCUCAGACACUGGCAUGAAAGGUGACGGGGAGUCGAAACUAUGA